CAAUACUCCCGUUCAACCAACUCUCCGUCCAUUUCGGUAAUCCUCAUGAGAGGAUUAUUUCCUCUUUUUCCUCUGUUUCCUCUUUCGAAUCAUGAAGAAGCCCAAAGCUGACGCGACUAAACCCUACAAACCCUAGUCAAAUAUGCCGAGUCCUACGCAAUGCAUAUCUCUGUUUCGAAGCCCCUCGAUCCGACCACCCAUUGCGACAAAAGAGACGAAGGUUUCUGCGCCCUCGAUCCCAUGAGACUGUAAUUGUUCUAUGAAUUUUUUGCUCAGACAUCAACAUACGAAUCUAUUGUCAGGCCAUCCAUCCUAUCCUGUUUCCCAUGCUUAAACGUGAUGUUCGGAUAGAUUUGUGAUACUACCUUUUUCUAUCUCUAUCUCCUUGGCAGAAAGUUCCUCGCUUCUUUUUCUCUUUUGCUCGUUGUACCAUUCAUCUCGUCGAGUUUGAUCUUUUCUUUUUCUGCUCAUCACUUAUUUUACUUUACUUCAUUAAUUACUGAUUUUGGGAUAGCCGUCGGUGCAGGCAUUGAGUAUAGGUAUGUUUGAUGUCCAAGAGAAUGGGACUUGGAUUCUGAAUCUCUUGAAUGUUCUUGUAUUUGCUCUUUUGCGAUAUCUCCCAGAUCAAAGUGGAAUUUGACUGACGAUUUUUUAAUCUCUACUCUAUAGGCUUUCAUCAUUUACAUUUAUUCAAUAAUUCAUUCCCCUUCUCGAUUGCUUUCAUUUGGGAACUUCUGGCUAUUCAGCAGGUCCUGAAUUAUAUCAUUCUUUAAUACAACAACGAUACCCAAGUAUAAUUUGGAAGAAGAAGGAAGACGAGAAGGAAAUAUAUAAAAUUGCAUUAAAAAAAAUACGACUCGAGGUCGUAAGAUUUAACAUGUCUGAAAAGGCUUAUGAUAGAAUGAGUACGGGGUCAGUGAGGGUUUCUGAAAGAUCAAGAUGGCCACCAUUAACAAGAAUGUUGAUGUCUGGUGAGAUGACGGCAGAGAUGCCAAGGGAAUUGACUAUGAGGGAGAAAUUUGAUAGAUGGAUGGUAAAUGAAGGAUAUCGAAGAUUGUGAGUUCCCAUGAGAAUCAUGAAAAGUGCAGGAUUGCUAACAUAACUUUAGUUUCGUUUUUGUCUUCGCUUUACUCCAUGUCAUGGUUUUCACAUUCGGUUUCAUGAAUUAUCAACUCAAGGAUAGUUUCGGUAUUGCACGAAGUACAUUCACCGUCACUUAUGCCAUUGCUAGAUCAGCUGCCUUGACCCUACAUUUCGAUGUGGCUAUGAUUUUAUUCCCUGUUUGUCGUACUUUGAUCUCUUUGGCACGCCAAACUCCUCUGAACGGCAUUGUACAAUUCGAUAAAAACAUUACUUUCCAUAUGCUUACAGCUUGGUCUAUUGUGUUUUUCUCUUGGGUUCACACUAUUGCCCAUUGGAACAAUUUCGCUCAAAUCUCAGCAAAGAACAAUCUUGGAUUCGGCGGUUUCCUCCUUGCAAACUUUGUUAGUGGUCCAGGAUGGACUGGAUAUGUUAUGUUGAUCGCACUUAUGGCUAUGGCUAUUACUUCAUACGAGAAGUAUCGUCGAGCAAACUUUGAACGUUUCUGGUAUACUCAUCACUUCUUCGUCAUCUUUUUCGUUUUCUGGUCUGUUCACGGAGCUUUCUGUAUGAUUCAACCAGAUACCGCACCUUAUUGUGUUAGUGUUGGUACAACGGCUAUUGGUGUCUUUUGGCAAUACUGGAUGUAUGGUGGAUACAUCUACCUUGCUGAACGUAUUGCACGUGAGAUACGUGGGAAGCAUAAGACUUAUGUUUCUAAAGUCGUUCAACAUCCUUCAAACGUUUGCGAAAUUCAAAUCAAGAAAGAAAAUACAAAGACAAGAGCUGGUCAAUAUAUUUUCUUUUGUUGUCCCGAGGUCUCGAUUUAUCAGUAUCAUCCUUUCACCCUCACAUCUGCUCCGGAAGAAGAUUACAUUUCCAUCCAUAUCAGAAUGGUAGGAGAUUUUACUCGAGCCGUUGGAAAAGCUCUUGGAUGCGAAUUUGAUAAGCCAAAGGAUGGAAAAGGAGGAUCUCAAGUCGUUGGUGUCAAUCAAGGUGAACCAGGAUCUGAUGGAGCUGAUUCAGCUAUUCGUCGUAUCUUACCUCGUGUCUAUGUCGAUGGUCCAUUCGGAUCCGCAUCUGAGGAUGUUUUCAAAUUCGAAGUCGCAAUGCUUUGUGGUGCUGGUAUUGGUGUUACUCCUUUCGCAUCUAUUCUCAAAUCCAUUUGGUACCGCAUGAAUUAUCCUCAGAAGAAAACUCGCCUCGGCAAAGUCUAUUUCUUCUGGAUUUGUCGUGAUUUUGGUUCCUUCGAAUGGUUCCGUUCUCUUUUAUUGGCUAUCGAAGCUCAAGAUAUGGAUAACCGUAUUGAGAUUCAUACAUAUUUGACAGCGAAGAUCAAGGUGGAUGAUGCGACGAAUAUCAUGAUCAAUGAUGCAAAUGCCGAUCGUGAUGCAAUUACGGGAUUGAGAGCUCCAACUAACUUUGGAAGACCUAAUUGGGAUAUGAUCUUUAAGAGCGUGAGAAAGAUUCAUAGUCCUAGUGAGGCGGGUGUGUUCUUUUGUGGACCAAAGGUUUUGGGUAGUCAAUUGCAUAUUAAAUGUAAUAUGUAUAGUGAGCCUGGUUAGUAUUUUCCGUUUUCUUCUUUCGUACUUCUUUCGUAAACUCAAUGUGCUGAUAAUGAUAUAGGAUUCAAUUUCUGCUGGGGUAAAGAGAAUUUCUAAUCCUUACGACCCCGGAGGUAUCAUUAUGUGCUACAAAAUGAUUGCAGGAUAUACAGUGUUGUUAUUCUUAAAGAGCUUCAUUGUACUAUAUAUCAUCUCGCAUCUUAUACAUACAAACAUACAAACCAUAUAGCUUUUUUUCCUUUCAUUUCUGAAAUACCCUUCCUUUGUAGUAUGUUUUUCCCUGGGGGGUAUUCGUUUAUGUUUUAUGUUUAAGGAAUGAUGGGUUUUGAUGAUGCGUUGGUUGAAGCAGGCUUUGAAGAUGGAGAUGGAGAUGAUGGGAAUUAGAGAAUAUUACAGGCCGGUCAGAUUGCGUUCAUGAGGACUAUGAUGGAUGAGGGCAGUGAAUAGAUGAUGGGUUAUAUAAAUAGAAUAGUAAUGCGCAGCGCGUAAAUAAAUAAAUUUUUUGAAUAAAUUUU